UGCGUUUUUGUUUAAAAAUACUCGCUUUUAAACAAACUGAACACUGGGUCACAACAAAUGACGGACAUUCCCCAGUUUCAUCUCCUAAUGCGCAUGUCCUUUAAAUGUAAGGAAUUAAUAAGCAUCUCUUCGCUUUAAAAGUAACUUUUCUGCAAAGUUGCGCAAUUUAACGGAUGACUUACUAAAUCAAUUCUGCGUGGACUGAGGAAUAUUAUCAAAUAUCACACAGUUCGGUCGGGUGUCUGUGUUCAAACUACUAGAGGACACAAAGGGAGGAAUGAAAUCACUGCUGCUCGUAUGUGUGUUUCUGCUGCCUCUCCAAACACUGGCGCCGCCAGUGCGUAACCGUUUAAUUUUUCAUAGAAACCCCGGGACGCUUCCAGAAAGAGGGGGCAGUAUCGCCAUGGAAACUUUCACCAUUCCUUCCAUGUCUUCGAGUACUGGGGCAAGAGAGCGCCAUACGGUCUGGACAGCCCUUGUGCAUAAAGGGCCCCCAGCGAGACAGUCCAAUCAACAAAGCAGCACUCUGGGACAUUCCUGGGAACGCCGGCAUGUUCACAGAGUGUCACGGAGUCACAAACAAGGUCAACGGAUGCGUAUGGGAUGCGUGCUCGGCACCUGCCAGGUGCAGAACCUCAGUCACCGCCUCUACCAGCUGACUGGCCAGAGCAGACGACAAGACUCGCCAAUCAACCCCAGAAGUCCACAUAGUUAUGGAUAAGACUGAUAAGACCGCAUGGUCCAUUAUGAAACCCAUCCAAAAAUGUGACAAAAGAUGACCAGAGUCAUCACUAGACAACAAACUGCCUUCAACUAUUGAACUGUUUAGGUUGUGGUUAAAUAAAAAAUCCCUGUUCUAAAACCCAUAGGAAAUUACUGAGGAGAAUUAGCCUUCCGGUUUUGCCUACAAAUUGACUGGCCUGAUAGUGGAAACGCAGCAACUGAGACUCAAUAGCAGGCUUGAAAUGCCUAAAAUUGUACAAAUGCUGCAUUGUAACGGUCUCAAAAAGAGCAAAUCUGAAUAUGAUAUUUCAAACUUUUGACAGAACUUAUUUACAGUGGUGCCAUAUUUAAAUUAAGGGAAAUGAAAA